AUGGAAGUGCAUUCAAUACAUGAAGUUCCUGCUAUUAAUAUGCAACCCAUGCAUAAUAUGCACCAACAACAAAUGACACAAGUGAACAAUUUACAGCCGGUAGAACCUCCACCACCGCCGCAGGAGGUAAAACCGAAAGUGGACAAGAAGAAAAAGGAGGCCAUAGACGGCCAGGCGCGCGAAAUCAUAUUCAAAGUGAUAAAAUUCUUCGAGAGUGAAAAACAGAACAGAGGCUAUGCAUUUCCAGUAGAAAACGUCGUGAAGCGAGCCUGCGCUGCAACUGGAUUAUCUGAAAGCACCAUUAAGCGAAUAAAACGCGAAGGCCUACGCGCCGAAGCUACGCAAACUAAAAUGACCGGUCCCAAAAAGAAACGUAUACGAAAAACCAAGGUACAAUUAGAUUAUUACAAACUUUGCGCUUUACGUGGUAUCGUCAAUAGUUACGCGUCUCGUAAAGAAGUGCCAACGUUAGGUAAAAUACUUACAGCAGCGAAACACGAACUCGAUUAUAGAGGUGGUAAGGAGUCACUAAGAUUAAUUCUGUUAAAUAAGUUAGGCAUUAAGUUUAAGAAGUGUGAAAAGAAAAAGGUACCGAAGCAAGAAACUGAACAGCAGCAGUAUCAGCCUCCGCAGCCUGUGAUGACUCAUAUACAGAUGGAACCUAUGAAACCUGAGAACCAUUGUAUAUAUACCAAUAUGAUGCCGCAUGUUGCACCCGUGUCUUAUUAG